UGUAUGGAUGUACUACUACUACUCUACUCUCUCUCUCUCUCUUUUUCCCCAGCAAUUUUUUUUUUCUCUCCCUCGUGUUUCGUUUGUUAGCCGGCGUAGUCUUAUAUCAUAGACACGCCAUCUUGAACUCGAUUUCCUCCAACACACAGCACAUAGAGCAGAAAGAAGAAGAAGAAAAAAAGAACUUCCCAAAACAGUCGACAAGGGCCGCCGCUGAGUUGAGAGCUGGGCUGCUGACUUUUUCGGUGUAAGAAAGAACCAGGAGAACUUGCUGGAAAAAAAAGUACUUUGAUUUCUUUCGUAUUUCUUUCGGCGCUCGAACUAGCGUCGGAAUUGUUAAUGAAACGAAAUACCAUUAGCAACUUGUGAGAUUCGCGUUCAUUUCUCUUCAUUUCCAUAUCAAGCGCUGGGCUCUUGGGCCGACGCCAAGAACGGCCUUCCAUUUUUCAAAGGAAAUUUUUUUCAAAAGAAGACAUUCUUCUUCUUCUUUUUCCUGGCUGUAUGGUCUGUUUCUCGCUUCGUGUAUAUGUGUAAUAACUAAACGCGCCGUUGCCAGUUUGCGGUUCGAGUCCCUCACAUAACCACACAACCAUUUGUCCCGAGCCUGUCCUCAUCUUUCUGCUUUGCCAUUCAUCCCGCAGACAAAAAAGGAAGGAAGCAAAGAAAAUGAAAACCGCAUCAAAAAGGAAAUAAAUCCUUUUUCUUCCUUCUUAAAAGAAAAACCGAAAAAAAUAAAAAAAAGCCAUAGAGGACUUUAUCCGGCGCGAUUUUCCUCAACUGUUUGGCUAUACGGGAUCGACUAUGGCGAAUCAUCACAUAAAAAUAAAACGCGCAAUCCCCCUACGCAUCACUGUCUCUCUGUUAUGGGUCUAUCGAUAAUGGGCUGAACACAGGUGACGGGAUACAAUGGACGGCCGUUAAGGAAAGAGCGACAAAAAAAAGUUGUUUUUAAAAGAAGAAGAAUCUGAAAAAGGCCGCGCCAAAAUAUUUUGGUCGAGCCCAGAGGAUCCAAUACGCGGCCACGCCAAUACCCGAGGACCUUUUUUCACACACACACACAAGAAGAAGAUCAUUAAUACACGUCCGAAGAGAUGGGGGGAAAGACCCAACCAACACGUUGCAUCUCGAUUGGGCCAACGCCAUUGGUCCAACCAAAAAGACUUGAUCGAUAUUUCUCUCUCUCUCGCUCUCCCACACUUUCCAAACAAACAGACGAAAAAAAAAACACAUUUCAAAAGGCGCAAAAAAAUAAAAAAAGAGAUUUUCUAAUUGAAGAAUGACAGGUGAUGGAUGGGCACCAGGUAACAUUGGCUACGGUUACAGUCGAAAGUCAAACAACAAGUCACAACACCAAAAAUAAUAAAAAAAAAGAUCCGCGUUUUUACUUCCCUAUUUCACUAUGGGAACAUCUGCAAAGCAAUUUAGGAGGCGGAGGAAAAAAAAAACGUUUUGACUGUUUUUUUUCCUCACUUCUUUACAUCACUUGCGAUUUAUUUCAGUGUAAUUGCCAUAAAGGCGAAAAAAAAGGAAAGGUUGUUUUUACAUUUGUGCGCCUUACUGGCAUAAUAAAUGUUGCUGGCCGGACAUGGUUUAAAAAUAAAAACAGUACCCAUAGCUGCCCUCCCUACGUAUUUUGUUUUUCGCAGUGCACACAAGAAAUGGCGCGCGGUGUAGAGCAGUUUGGCGGCGGCGGCAGAAGGCCGGAACAGAUGAAGUAAAACGCAAUAAAAAUCAGUCGAAUCCCCCGAAAAGGAAAGAGAAAAAAAAAACAUUGCCGGUGUGCAACAAUUUUUUUUUUCUGCAGGGAUUGUUAGACUAUAUAGCGUACCAGUAUUUACCCAGACACACAUAUAUAGGGCUACGGUUAGAGGAACGAGAGAGAAGAAAAAAAAAACAGACGUUUUAUUACUCGCAGAGAGAUUCAUGGGUUCAAAAGAUGGAGGGGAUUUUCUCCGCCGUCGUCGGCGAAAUAGCCUCAACAUCAAUAAAAGAAUCUAGCCUAGAUAUGUACUUCUCUUUUCUAGGACUGCGAUUCAAGCGAAAGUCGCGCAAAAUUCCCCCCACUUCUAUCUCGAAAUAAUUUAAAUCAUUUUCCAAAGUCAUUUCUUUAUUUGAAAAAAGAAUUGGAUGAUUUACGCGAAUUCCCGCCGAGCGUACAUCAAAAAUCAUCCGGAAAUUCAUAUUCCUUUUUCUGAUGAUUUUUGAUUGAAACACGGUAUAAGUAUGGAGAAUCAAGAGAGGAAGAAGAAAUGUCUCUAUAUUUAUAGGAUAUCGGUAUACACACAGACGCAAGUCGCAUGGAUGGAAUCUGUGGCGUAAUUUAUGUCUGUGUGUGCGAGUUUGUAACUCUGUACGCGCGCGCGCGAGCAGACCUCUCUCUCGGCCCAGCUCGCCCAAGCCGCGACUCUUCGUUCACCAAGGCGGCAAGGAUUUAUCGUCGCGUUACGUUGAAGGUGCACCAAUAGCUCACCGGCCCCGGGCAACAAGACAUACGGUUGACAAUCAAAGAUAAAUCAUCGUGCGAAAAUAAAAAAGAAGAAGAAGAAAAAAUAAACCAUCGCCGGCUUGUUAUAGAUAUCUUCAUAGACGCUGGCGCUCGCAUAUGGACCAGCCGACGAUGAGGAACGAUCCGGAGCUAAAGAAUCCGCAGGUUGCGGCAGACUCAAUGCAAAUUUUGACCCAAACUAUCCCCCACCCCCUCCGACUUUUCAUUCCUCUUCCUCGCUGUACAACACGAUUGAGGUACAAGAAAGAGUUCUCAUCGGCAAUUUAUGGAUUCAGGUUAGAACGUUUCGCUGAAACCAGAGUGUGUCAUCGGAUCGUUUUUUUUUCUUUCCCCUUUUUUUUCUAUUUUUUAUUUUUCAAGGUGCCAAUUUACUUGGGCCGCUGUAAAAUCAACUACAGUUAUUAGACAGCCGCUAUCUCAAAACCGGUUCUGUACACACAAGUCUACUAUUUUCGAAAAAAAAGAAAACAAAAAACAAAAUUAAUACACAUUUUUUUGUUUUUUGUUCCCUUGUGUAAGGGGUCUCUCUCUCUCUCCCUCAUCCAACACCACCGGAUAUACACUACACCGGUUGUGAAACCCCUGGACGAAGACAAUAGAAAGCCAUUUACAUUUAAGCUACACAGAGGCACCACGCUGUGCAAAGCAGCAAGGGACGCCAUUUCCCAAUGAUUAAACCACUUCACUCGUCAUUAACAUUGGAGAUAAAUCUCCAAAGUUUUUAUUCUUUUUUAAAUUUCAAACAAGAGCUGCCCUUCUCCACCAAAAAACCAAGAACAAUUAAACCCCAGUGUCAAGCCCAUAUCGAAGCAGCAGCAGCAAACUCAACCAAAUUUCCUACCCCGAAAAGUGUUCGAAAAAGCCAAGUCGCUCGUGGAAAAAAAGUAUUGGUAAAGGGCGGGCUGAAGUUGAACUAGGCGACAACCUGAUUGGUGGAGCCGGUGGUCACGUGAGUUGGUCAUCACUUGGCGCGCGCAAAGAGUAACGUGUACACACACACACUGGAAACCAGAGGGGGGAAAGAAAAAAGGAAGAAGGUCCCCCUUUCGGAUGAGAGUGGCGGCGGCGACUCACGCGGCGGAGGGCGGGGGGAAGUCGCAAAGCGAACCCCCUAUAGCGCAAGGCAAAAAGGGGGCUGUGGCCAUAGGAGAAUAGAGCAAAAGCUUUUGCUUGCGCUCAUAGCGAAAAAAUAAAAAAGAGGAAAAAAACAAAUGGGCGAGAGUAUAGAGGAGGAAGAAGAAGUGAGGGGGGAGAGAAUGUUAUAAAAUAAAAAUAAAAGAGCCACCACCACUAGUACUAGUACUAGCACGCAAUGAGCAAAAGAGCGCGCGCCCCAAUAGCCGCACUAACUUCUAACUCAGCCAGCCCCAGCCGAGGGAGGAAAAUAUGAGCUCUAACCUGCACAGUUGAGACGCCAGUAGCGUGAAACGGCCUCGCAUGUGCAAGGCGGCGAUCAGAGGAGCUCUCUCUCUCUUUCCUAUCUAUCGCCUCCUCGUCUUCUCUUCAUUCCCGAGCUGAGCUCCGGCCUGUUCGCUCUCAUAGUGAAAAGUCUCUCAAUUUUCCUACAGACAACACAUUUGUUUCUCUCUCUACAAUUUCGUGAUUUAAAAAAUUAAAAAGUUUUUCAGUGCUCGCAAAUACGACCCGACUGAAUUGACAGAAAGGAACAGUGUGCAUGGUCGUCGACCAUCAUCAUCAUCGUCAACAUCGUCCAAGAUUACAAGUGACUUCAACAACAAAUGACACGGGAGUUUGUCUUAUCUCCGAUAUCGCCCAAGUCUCGGUAGUCCCGCGUGAGUGUGUGUGUGAGUGUACGUGUGUUAGCGCCAUCGCAGUGGAAGGAAGACCUUAAAAAAAAGAAAAAAUUCAAGACAACGAAAAACAUCAACCAGAAGAGGAAAAUAACAACAAAGAGUUUUCUACUAUCUCAAAUCAGAUUGCAGUAAUCUUCUAUUUUGAAUCGAUUCAAAAACUGUUUGAUUGCGUCAAUAGAUUUUUGCUUCAAGUCCUUGGAACCAGCACCAAAAUCCCAUAGAUAUUUUACACGAAAAACAAACAAAACAAAAACCAAAUUAAAAUUUUGAUGAUCCCUGAAACCCCGAAUAUUCUCAUUCAAAAGUGACAGUUGUAUCAUCAUUUCGGGUGGGGCGGCCCUUCGGACUUGUUUACAUUCAAAGAGACACACAGUGUGUGAGUGCGAGGUGGGAAAAUGAGUUCGUACUACGUGUCGUCGUACGGCGGCGGAGGGAUCGGCGGGAGCGAUGUGGUUCAAGCCGACCACUACCACGCUCCGGCACCUGUUCACGUCAGCGUGGCAACGGGACACAACAACAGCGGAGGUGGCGGAGUUCACCAUGCUCACCCCGGCAUGACGGGCAGCUUCGAGUCGGGCCCAUACGAUCCGUCUAGAAUCUACCACAUCCAGCCGCAACACCACAAUCAACAGCAACAGCAGCAACAGCAACAGCAGCAACAUCAUCACCAGCACCAGCAAAUGAGUUGCAAUCAAAACUACAGCCAGCAAGGAGCCUACCCCGGACGCUAUCCGCCCGCAUCCGCCUACGCGAUCCAUCAGCAGCAGCAGCAGCAACAACAUCAGCACGGCAAAGCCGCAGAAGCGGGCGGUUACUUCGCAUCUGUUGGGCAACAGCAACAACAGCAGCAGCAGCAACACAUUCGUUCUCAUCAACAGCCGGUUGUCAUUGGUCAACCGGAAGCCAGCGGGGUCGUAGUAACGACACAGCAGCAGCAACAACAACAACAACACCUCUACCGGCCGGCUUCGCCAAUGAUCAGCGCCAUGGCCCCCCAACACGGGUCGCCUCCGCUGGGCAACUACACCGGCGGAGUUGUUGUGGGUCAAAUCACCAAACCUUUGGUGGUCCCGUGCCAAGUGGAGACGUCGUCCUCGUCGUCGACCAGUCCGCAAUUAUCGUCGAUAUCUUACGGCCAUCCAACAUCUUUUCAAGCGCAACAUCACCGCCAGAUAGUCGCGGGCGUCGCUGGGCAACAACAACAACAACAGCAGCAGCAGCAGCAACAACACCUCCUGAGCCAUCAGCAGUACCUAAUCCAGCAGCAACAGCAUUCCAUCGUGCAGCAGCAGAGUGAACACCCAGUGGCGAGCUACAACAACAUCAAUGCGUCGGUUGUCGAGGGCUACCAACAACAUCCGGCCGUGGCCGAAAUGGCCGGCUACCAGCAGCAGCCCAACCACUCGCCACCACUCAUGUACAACAGCAACAACAACAGCCGAUGUGCUAGCAAUGGACAAAUGAGCAACAACAACGCCAACAACAAUUACAACGGCCAGCAGGUGUGCGGGCACGGACCAAUGGCUUCGUCGGCCGUGUCAGUGUCGGACGGUCCGGUCAUAGCCGAUCUCGAUCAGCUGCAACAACAGCAGCGACAACAACAGCAGCAACAACAGCAACAGCAUUGCGCCGUUAACGGUAAAACGUUGCAUCCGGUGUCGCUGGGCAGCGGAGCGGACAACAGCCAACAACAACCCAACCAGCUCCUCCUUCACUCCGCCAUCCAGCAACAACAAGCCGUUGAAUCGGAUCAGCAACCACCUCAGUCACAACAACAAUCCGCACAACGCCACGCACAACAACUUCUCGUGCCUGUCGGCGGCGGCGGCCUGGUGAUAGCCGGCGGCGGUCCGGUCGUGUCUUCCGCUCAAGAAAUGACGGGCCAGCCGGACGAGAUGGUCCAGCACGGCGGCGACCUUCACGGAGACCUCCACGGUGCUCACGGCGACGUCAUGAUGGAUCACCACCACCACCUGACCAUCGACCUCCACCAGGAGCACAGUCCGCUAGAUGGCAGCGACCAUCUCCCGCUGGACAUGGACGGCGAAUCUCCGCCCGGCUCACUCCACGACAGUCCCCUCUACCCGUGGAUGCGCAGCCAAUUCGCCGAGCGCAAGAGAGGGCGACAGACGUACACGCGUUUCCAGACGCUGGAACUGGAGAAGGAAUUUCACUUCAAUCGCUACUUGACGAGGCGAAGGCGGAUCGAGAUCGCCCACGCCCUUUGCCUGACGGAACGCCAAAUCAAAAUCUGGUUCCAGAAUCGGCGGAUGAAAUGGAAAAAGGAGAACAAAGCCAAACUGGAUGCCGGGUGUCUGGAAGGACUAUUGGUCGAGCACGUCCUGUCCAUGCCGCAGUAAAAACCAAACAGUAAAAGAAAAAUACCAGUAAAAAGAAAAACAAUCUACUACCAACUCUGUCCAGAAGAGGCUUUGGCGUAUUUUUUGAAAAACAAAAAUAAUUUCUAGGCCAAAAAAGGAAAAUUCUUUAAGGUCUUUUUUAAAAAUUUAACCUUUGACCCACCUCCUCGGAAGAACCUUUUAUACAGUAAAAAAAGAAACUUUUUCUUGUGUAACGAAGCCGACGGGAAAAACCAAAAUAACGUCGACUUUUGGGCGCAGGAAAAAUGGCAACAGAAAUACGUAAAAGAAAAAAAAAAUGAUAUACAUCAAUCCAGUCCUAUAGAUAAUGAUACGUCUCUCUAUUUCUAUUUCUUUCUUCUAUUUCAAUUUGAUUUUUUUGGGUUGAACUCUUUUCUUUUGUUUUGUUUCUGUUCGUGGCCGUUGCGUUACAAUUUUUUUUCUUUUGAUCUAUCUACAUAGGCCUCCUUUAUUAAGUGUAUUUGGCUACGAAUAUAUAUAUGCACGAUAUUUCGAUCGUCUUUCUCUUUCUCUCUCUCUUAAUGUAAUUUUUGAUUUCUUAUCGCAAAACAAAAUGGAGAAAAUGAAUCGGGAAAUGAUGGAAGGAAAAACAAAAUGAAAUUCCGUUCGUCAAAAAAUGUGUUUCUCAUCUUCUUCUUCUAUGAUGUGAAUGUGUCCGUGUGUGCCCACAUUCUCCCGUGUGUGAGGGCGCGCUUUCUUGAUUGAUCCCAGACGAUUUGUCCGUCAAAAAAAACAGAAAGAAGAAUGAAAAAAAAGUUGUCACCAUUUUCUCUCUCUUCAUCAGUCUCUCACACGUUCCUCGAGUCUCUACUCCUUUUUUCUUCUUCUUCUUCUUUUUUGCCUGGGCGCUGCUGUGGGCGUCUUAUCGCUGCGGGAACACGCGCCAGAGCUAUCCCCACCCACCGCCACCACGAAAAGUAUACGAUUUCUUUCUUUUCUCAUCUAUUCAUCAAAAACACAAAAAAAAUUUUUCUGUCUCUCAAUUUGGGUUUGCAUAUAAUAAUCAUUCUUGUCUCCACCCCACCCCACCCCCUUUGUUCCCUGUCAAAGAAAGAAGAAGAAAUAAUUCGACAGAGAAAAACAAAAAAGAUUGUGACGAGCGAUUGCGUUUAUAUUCUCGUGUAUGUUGUCAUUCGUAUAGCAUAAUAAUAAUAAUAAUUAAUAACUAUUCGAUAUUCGUUUGUUUGUGAACUUGCCAGCAUUUGUGUUUUUGUUUUUUGUAAAGAGAGAAAUGAGGAAGAAAUUCAGUGAAAAUUUUAAAAAAUUAAAUACGUAAAACAAACAAAAAACCUUUUUAGAAAACGUAAUUUUUUUUUCUCUCUCUCUCCCCGUCACCAGUGCGUCUCUCUAUUUUGUCUGCUCUAUACAUAUAUAUAUUAUACAUAUAAAAAUAAAGCGUAAAACCCACUCGUGGCAGCUGGACUGAAUGUGUAACACAUUGGACGCACUAACCCCCCCGCAAAAAGACAACACCGCCAUUCAUUUUCUUGUCUUCAAUUAAUUCAAAAAAGAAAAGAAAAAAACAAUUCGAGGAAAACUCAAAAGACACCAAAUGAUCCGGACUACCUCAUCCGAACGUCGCCCAACAGCAAACAGUUUGACGGAAGAAGUUUAAAUUAAAUAAAAAAAAAGAUUGAAAGAGUCGUGUGUACAGCUGAUGGCUAAUUCUUGUUCGUCCCUUCCGUUUCACGUGUACAACUCGAAUUUCUUUUCCCCUCUUCUUGCUGUAGUAUAAUUCACACAUCGUCUGCAAUCAAAGCGUGUGAACUCACCUUAUACAUCCCUCUGUCUGUCUGUCCCCUUUGUGCAACGCUAUCUACCCACGCAACAGCAACCUAUCACUGCAAUCGCCUCUCUCAAAAAAAGGAUAAAUGAACAAAAAAAAGCCCCAACCCAACCACACCUUGAUGAUCCUCCUCUCUCGUAUUGUAUAGAUGAUGGCGCAAUAAGUCUUGUGUGUUUGUGUAUGAGUGAAUGUGUCGUGGAUAUUAUAUACUGAAUCUGAUCCUCCUUCCUCCCCUUUCCGUACAUAAACAACAAC